CCUCAACAAUUUAUCCAAUCACAUCCUCCGUUUCCUUCCGCGCAACUCGCGUGUUGCUGUUCGAGCCAAACAAAACCCUAACCCAAAUCAACCAAAAUUCAGAAACUGAUAACGGAGGUCAUUAACUGGAAAGAUGGAAAGUGAUGGUCCCCCACAUCGAAAUUCGGUUCACAUCAAACACCUAGUUGCCAUGUUUUAUCAGUUUCUGAUAAACCUUUCACGAAUUUGGCUAUGCCUUUCCAUUUUAGGUAAAUUGAACUUUUUAAUCUUCUCCUUUCCUUGUUUUGUUCUUUAUAGAGAGAGGAAAGAUCUAGAAUUCAUCUGAAGAGAGAAACGGAGAGAUUAUGGCGAGAGGGAAGAUCCAGAUCAAGAGAAUCGAGAACUCUACCAACCGGCAAGUCACCUACUCUAAGAGAAGAAAUGGUCUCUUCAAGAAGGCUAAUGAGCUCACUGUUCUCUGCGAUGCAAAGGUUUCCAUUAUCAUGUUUUCUAGCACCGGCAAGCUCCAUGAAUACAUUAGCCCAUCAACCACAACGAAGCAGUUGUUCGAUGAGUACCAGAAGACGCUUGGGAUCGACCUAUGGAGUACACAAUAUGCUGUCUGUAUCGUCCCUAUGUUUCUGAUAUGCUUAUAUAUGUGUAAAAGAAACUAUCUUUCUACGUUUGAUCAUAUGCUCUUCUUUAUGUGGAUGCAGAGCAUGCAAGAGAACUUGAAGAAAUUGAAGGAUGUGAACAGAAAUCUGAUAACGGAGAUAAGGCAAAGGAUGGGCGAAUGCUUGAACGAUGCAAGCUUUGAGCACUUGCGUAGUCUAGAGCAAGAUGUGGACACUGCCUUGCUGCUUGUUCGUCAGCGCAAGAAUAAGAUGAUCAAUAAUCAAAUACAAACCUGCAGGAAGAAGGUAAGGAAUGUGGAAGAAAUACAUCAAAAUCUUCUGCGUGAAUUUGAGGCAAGAGAUGAAGAUCCACAUUACGGGUUAGUUGAUAACGGAGCCGGAGACUAUGAUUCUAUGCUUCGCAAUAUAUUUGCUUUAAGACUUCAACCUAAUCACCCUAAUCUUCAGAGCGGAGCAGGAUCUGAUCUCACAACCUACACUUUGCUUGAUUAGCAUUAAUUAAUUUGAGGUCACAGUUAAUUAAUGAUCUUUUCUAGAGAUGACAAGUGCUUGAACUCGUAAUGUGUUAAGAAUGUCUUCACCUUUAAAUAUUUUGUAUUAUCAACUAAUAGUGAUUACUCACCAUUUUCCUUCUAAUUAAUGAUGUAAAAUUUGCCUUGUGUUUUCUUAUCAAUUAAUAUUUUAUUUGAGCA